CGUUCCGAAAGACAAAGACAGGCAGUGCUUCAAGUUACGGCAAGGGAUCGACAAGAAGAUCGUCAUCUAUGUGCAACAGACCACUAACAAAGAAUUGGCCAUCGAGAGAUGUUUCGGCCUCCUUCUCAGUCCCGGAAAAGACGUGCAAAGCGGAGACAUGCAUUUGCUGGAUUUGGAGUCCAUGGGGAAAAGCUCAGACGGGAAAUCGUACAUCAUCACCGGGAGUUGGAACACCAAGUCUCCGCACUUCCAAAUAGUGAACGAGGAAACGCCCAAAGACAAGGUGCUCUUCCUGACCACAGCUGUGGAUUUGGUGAUUACGGAGGUGCAGGAGCCCGUCCGCUUCCUCCUGGAGACCAAAGUCCGCGUCUGUCCCCCGAAUGAGAGGCUCUACUGGCCUUUCAGCAAGAGAAGCUCGACGGAAAACUUCUUCCUAAAAUUGAAGCAGAUCAAGCAGAAGGACCGAAAGACCAGCACCGACACUCUCUACGAAGUGGUGUGCCUGGAGAGCGAAUCCCAAAGGGAAAGGAAGAAAACCACUGCCAGCCCCGCCAUCCGCCUCCCCCAAUCCGGCUCCCAAGGCUCUAUGAUCCCGUCCCCUCCCGAGGAUGAUGAAGAGGAAGAUAACGACGAGCCUCUGCUCAGUGGCUCAGGGGACGUCUCUAAAGAGUGUGCAGAAAAGAUCCUGGAGACGUGGGGAGACCUGCUUUCCAAGUGGCACUUGAACCUGAGCGUGCGGCCCAAACCCUUGUCUGCGUUGGUGAGGAGCGGCGUCCCCGAAGCUCUCCGGGGAGAGGUGUGGCAGCUUCUGGCAGGAUGUCACAACAACGACUUUCUGGUGGAGAAAUACCGGAUUCUCAUCACAAAGGUGGGUUUGUUUUAUGAACAGAAGAUUGCUGGGGGAGAAGAUGCUUUCAACAGUGGCCUUUGGGUUGGCUUCUCAGGUUGGUGGGCUUCUGGAACCGCUCGGAGAGAGAACAAGGAGAUCGGUCCUGGGGACAACUGGAAUAUAGUUUGGGAGGCAUUUUUGGGCAGCUGCCUGCCUCUGCCGGAGCAGACACCCCAGGCAGAUACACGCACCGUCUCCUGCCUGGCUGGCUGGCCGGCUGGCUGGCUAGCUAGCUGGCUGGCUGCGAAGAGCUUGCCUUUGUCCUCCUUGGAGCAUCGGCAGCGGCAGCCAGCCGCCUGCUGCCAGCCAGCCAGCCAGCCAGCCCAGCUGGAGGAGGGGGCGGUGGCUGCCGGCAGCAGCAGCAGCAGCAGCAGCGAGCCAAGAGGGAGCAUUGCGGACAAUGCCCGGGUGGCUGCCACACUCCUCCUCGCCUUUUCCCAAGGAGCAGCAGCAGCAGCCACCACCGCUGCCGUCGCGCACACAGGAGCUGCCGCAAUGACAGCCGGUGCAGCAGCCGGGCAGUGGCCACCGGCCAGCCCUUCCGGCAACGGGAGCGGCGGUGGCGGUGACAGCGGUGGGAGGCCCUUCUGCCUGCUGGCGUCCGGCUACCCCGACAGCCUGGAUGUCUGCCUGCUGGAGGUGAUCAUCAUCGUCUUCCUCACCGUCCUCAUCAUCUCGGGCAACCUGGUGGUCAUCUUUGUCUUCCACUGCGCCCCGCUGCUGAACCACCACACCACCAGCUACUUCAUCCAGACCAUGGCCUACGCCGACCUGCUGGUGGGGGUGAGCUGCCUGGUUCCCUCCCUCUCUCUGCUCCACCACCCGGUGGCCUUCCUGCCGGAGUCCCUGGUCUGCAAAGUCUUCGGCUACGUGGUCUCGGUGCUGAAGAGCGUCUCCAUGACCUCGCUGGCCUGCAUCAGCCUGGACCGCUACAUCGCCAUCACCAAGCCCCUCACCUACAGCACGCUGGUCACCCCUUGCCGCCUGCGCACCUGCAUCCUGCUGCUCUGGCUUUACUCGGGCGCCGUCUUCCUGCCCGCUUUCUUCGAGUGGGGGAAACCCGGCUACCACGGGGACAUCUUCCAGUGGUGCGCCGACUUCUGGGACACCCGGGCCGUCUUCACCCUCUUCAUCGUGGUCAUGCUGUACGCGCCGGCCGCCUUGGUCGUCUGCUUCACCUACUUCAGCAUCUUCCGCAUCUGCCAGCAGCACACGCGGGAGAUCAACGAGAGGCGAGUGCGCUUCAGCUCCCAGGAAGGGGAGGCAUCCGAGGGGCAGCCGUGCCCCGACAAGCGCUACGCCAUGGUCCUCCUGCGCAUCACCAGCGUCUUCUACAUCCUCUGGCUCCCUUACAUCGUCUACUUCCUCCUGGAGAGCUCCUCGGUUUAUCACAACCGCCUGGCCGCCUUCUUAACCACCUGGCUGGCCAUCAGCAAUAGCUUCUGCAACUGUAUCAUCUACAGCUUGUCCAACAGUGUCUUUCAGAAAGGGUUGAAGCACCUCUCGGGCGCCCUUUGCAUUCCUUGCGCCCGGCACCGGGCCGCCAAGGACUCCUCCGCCUCCCGCAGCAAAAGACCUUCUAACGGAUAUGUAUUUUUUGUCUUUUUUAAGAUUAGCCAAAAGAAGUUGAAGAAAUACGAGCGAGAAUAUCAUACGAUGCGGGAGCAGCAGGCUCAGCAGGAAGAUCCCAUCGAAAGGUUCGAGAGAGAAAACCGACGCUUGCAGGAAGCCAACAUGAGGCUGGAGCAGGAGAACGACGACCUGGCCCACGAGCUGGUGACCAGCAAGAUCGCCCUGCGGAAGGACUUGGACAACGCAGAGGAAAAAGCCGAUGCGCUGAACAAGGAGCUCCUGAUGACCAAACAGAAGCUGAUAGACGCCGAGGAUGAAAAGAGAAGGCUGGAGGAGGAAUCGGCUCAGCUGAAGGAGAUGUGCCGGAGGGAACUGGACAAGGCCGAGUCGGAGAUUAAGAAGAACAGCUCCAUCAUCGGGGACUACAAGCAGAUCUGUUCCCAACUGAGUGAGAGGCUGGAGAAGCAGCAGAUAGCCAAUAAAGCUGAAAUUGAGAAAAUCCACCAAAAAGUCGACGACUGCGAACACUGCCGGGAGUUUUUCAACAAAGAAGGGCGGUUGAAGGUGGCCAGCGUCGCCCGGGAGGGUUCCGACGAAGACACCGACGAGGAGAAGGAGGUGCUGAAGAACCAGUUACGAGAAAUGGAAUUGGAACUGGCUCAGACCAAGUUGCAACUGGUGGAGGCCGAAUGCAAAAUCCAGGAUCUGGAGCACGACCUGGGACAGGCGCUGAACGAGGUGCAGGCCUCACGCAAAACCUGGUUCAACCGAACGCUGAGCUCUAUAAAGACAGUGACCGGCGUCCAAGGGAAAGAGACGUGCUGAAGAAGCUGGACAGCGACCUCGGUGGGGGUGGGGGCUGCUCCCAGGGCCUCCCCUGAGAGACCUUCUGCCUUCCAGAGCUUGUCUUGGCUGCCUGCCUGCAGGAGAAAGGACCAGAUGUAUAUAGGACUCCCGAAACACAUCGCGGUGCAGCAGAAUUUUUUCCCCCCACAGGCCGGAGACCCAAGCCGGACACGCUGCUUGUAAUGAAACGAGGGAUCUUCAAACUACUGAUUAUUUAACCAGGGGGGGUGUAGCUGUAGACGGAUGCUUUUUCCCCCCUCUUUUUCCCAGAGAAGGAACAACGAUCCGCUCCAUUCCGCAGGCGCUUAGGUACGAAGAAUCGACCGCCGUCUUCUAACUUAACCCAGUUUACAAACGAGUGCUUUUUUUGGUUUUUUUUUUUUUUUUUUUUUUACAGUGACAGCUUUUUAAAAAGAUUCCACUCGAGAGGAACAAAAGGAAAACCAAAACCACCGCCACUCAAAACCGCCGCGGCUCUUUUUAACUAAAAAAAAAAAAAAGUUCCAACUCUUCUUGCUAGAGAGCGAACGAAAGGUUUCUCCACUCCAUCCAAGU